CCGACGAGUCCGCCAUUUUUGUUUGAUCAUAUGACUAUGAAUGUGAGCUGUGUUAUGAUUGGUCAUGCAGAAAGUAUUCACCAAUUGAUGCGCGUGAUACAUCGUAAAUCAAGGCAGUUCUAUUUAACAAAUAUGGCGGACGUAUGAUAUAGUGAUGAUACAUGAAAUGAACUUAAAAGAGUGAACGUAAAAUAAAUCUUAUUGAACGAGCAAUAAAGGUUUAAAUACCGCCUUGCAAUGUCGGAAAAGGACGCCCUGACACCCAAACGGCCGGAAGUGGCCCCCGUGUCCUCGAUCCCGGAACAGACCCGGGCAAUCUACUAUGACAGCACUCAGACUCCAAAACAGAGAUGUCUACAAAUGAUGUUUGUAGGCCUGGUAACAGUAAUGGUACUGGUGAGUAUGAUACUGAGUAUCGUGCAGGGGGUGAAGAACGGCUCGUAUGGCGCCAUCUACUUCAUGAUGGGCCUCUGUCUCUUGGGAUUCGUCGCCAUUGAGGUCAUUCUGAUCAUUUUUAUUCGUCGGGAACACCUUGACCGCAGCAAACUCUGGUUCCUGUACUUUGUCGGCAGUAUUGUGAUCUUGGAGUCUAUAUUCACAGACGUUCUUGUUUAUAAAAAGUGACGAAUUUUGUUAUUGCAUAGAUAUCCUAAUUACACUAGUCUUCAUUUAUAACAUGUACAUUAAAUAUAUCUGGGGUUGUAUUCAUUAAACAUCUUAAGCCAUUUCUUAACUGAAGUCGGUUUCCUUAUAUUUUCAUAGUCAAAUUUAAGAAAAGUAUAAUUUGUUUUAAUAAAAAGGUAUGUUUAUUACAUACAUUUAAUUCAAAUGAAGUAUUACAGAUAUAAUUAAGUCAUGAUAUCAUAUGACGAGUUAGAUACUUAACUCAGGCAAAAAAGAUUCCAGUUAUGAUAUGACACAAUAUGUUUUAUGAUACUGGCCCCAUUCUCAUUCAUCAGAGGUUUGAUGAUCAAAAUAUCUUAAGUAUUGUUCGCGUAAUAUCAUCGCUCUGGUGUACGAGAAUGACUGGCCCAGGCCUACAGAGCAGUUUAAAUCAAAGUGUUAAUAGUUUAGAUGCUGUUAAAUGGUGUAGUCUAAAAUGUUUGUAUUUAUUUCUGCUGCUUAAUGUGGAUGCUCCCAUGGUAAUUCAUAAACUUCCAAUAAAAUCAUCAACAAAUGUG